AUGUCGUCUACUUCAUAUAUAGGUUUGUUUUUCUUCAAUCUUUUAAAAAUGUAAUAUAUUUCAGGAGGUGCUAUAUUGGCCUUAUUGUUAGCUGGUUAUAUUGCUCAAAGAUAUGGUUUACCCCCGCCUGCUCCGAAAAUCGCCGGUGUUGAUUUAGGGACCACUUAUUCAUCUAUAGGUUUUUUUCAAAGAAUAAUUUCCAGCUUCAAAAAAAUUCAGGAAUAUAUCAUGCUGUUACUGGUGAAACGACUAUAAUACCUGAUGAUCUGGGUAAAAAAUCAGUGCCUAGCGUUGUAGCAUUUUUGUGAGUUUGCCAAGUUGAAAAGAGUUUUAUUUUUUGAUUUUUAGGCCAAACGGGACGGUUUUGAUCGGAACGAGAGCUGUAGAACAACAAGAAAAGAAUCCUCGAAGGACAAUUUAUGACGCCAAAAGAUUUAUUGGAAGAACUUUCGAAGCGAAUAACGCCGAUUUUUUGGUGGAUAAAAUGAUGAAUUAAUCAGGAAAACGAAAUUUCCAGGCCGAUCAAAAAAGAUAUCCUUUCGUCAUAAAGUUGGAUGAUAGCGGAAGAGCUUAUUUCAUGGUUCUACUUGACACGGGUGACAAGUGAGUUGAUAAAAAAAGCUCAACUGAACAAAAGAAUUAUUUUUAGAAUAAUCUACCCCGAAGAAAUCGGGUCUUUAAUUAUAAAAUAUUUGAGAGACGCCGCCGAAAAAAACACGUCAAAUCAGCUCUCAAUCAGGUGAAAAAUCGAAGAAAAAACAUUGAUAUUGUCAAAUUUCCAGGUUGUGAUCUCAGUUCCGGCUGAAUUUGGGGAAAAACAGAGGAAUUUUACGGGAAAAGCGGCAGAAUUGGCUGGUUUGUCGAUUUUUUUCGAGAAAAAAUUUUAGUCAUUUUUUUCACAUGUUCGAGAUAUAAUGGGGUUUUUUCUGAACCAAAGAACCUAUUUAAAUUAUUUUUAUAAUUUAUUUCUGUUCAUUAACAAUAUAUUUCUUUAUUUUAUAAUUCAGUUGAAAACGCCCUGUACAAAUAACUUGUAACGAAAAAAAAAACUAUUGAAAUAAAAGUUUUUGAAAUUCAUAAUUCAUGUUGUCUUCAUCUGAUUUUGGGGAUUUUGAAAAUUGACGUGUCAUUCUUUUGAUUUGAUGUCGCGGAAUUGGCUUUUCAGGAGCUGUGUUAAAAGUAAUUUUUCGCACAAAAUACGAAAUUUCAGAAUUUCGUCAACAUUUUUGUACCAAAAGUAUUGAUUCGCGCUUGAAAUAAAUCAUCUCGUUGUAAGGCCCCAGAUGAAAUCUUAAUUUUGCGCAUGUCGCGAUAUAAUUUCAAACGAGAAAAACUUAAAUUUGAAACACUUCGAACACAUUUUUGUUUUUUUUCCAAAUCUUGUAUUCCAGGAAUGGAAGUCCGCCGAGUGAUUUCCGAGCCGACGGCGGCGGCUUUGGCCUACGGAUUGCACAAGAAAACGGGCGUCGAAAGUGUGGUUGUAGUUGAUCUUGGUUAGUUUCAGAACAUUUUCAGAAAGUUCCAAAAAUGGCUGAUUUUAUUGACAUCUUUUUGUUGAAUAUGAGCUUCUAAAUCAUCAGAUUUUGAUUGUUUUCAAUUUUUUCUUUCAUUUUUGGAAAGUACUGAGUUUUUUACAUGGUACUAUUGCCGUGUUUGAAUUGAUUUUGCGGAAAGGAAAAUUUUCUCUGACUCUCCAAAAUUCAGUUGUCUUUUUCACUCUCUGACGGUUAUUUUGAGCUCUGCGGAACUGCUAUAAAUACCAUAUAUAGAAAAAUUUUUUUAAUCCCAAAAUUUAUAGGCGGUGGUACCCUGGACGUUUCGGUCCUUUGGCUUCAAGGCGGAACUUUUUGUGACCCAGGCGAUGGCCGGAAAUAAUCGCCUUGGUGGUCAGGACUUCAAUGAUCGUGUUCAACGACACAUCAUCAAGGUUUCCCUUUCUCAAAAAAAAAUAAUUAAUUAAAAAUUCCAGAAAUUGGAAGAAAAAUUCGGGAAAACCAUCACCGACAAGGAGGAUCUUCAGCAAAUCCGAAUGGACAUCGAAAAGGCGAAAAUUCGGCUGACCAGUGUCCCCAAAGUUGGAUUAUUCAUUGAAAAUUCUGAUUGGAAGGAUUUUUAGGCCAUGAUUUCGUUGAAACUGAAAGCUGUUGGAGAGUGGAGUUAUGAGGUUCGUUUUUUGGGCUUUUUUUUCUCUAUUUUCUGCAUUUUUUUAUUGUUUUCCUGUGAUCCAGUUGUUACAAAUUUUUAACGUCGCAGAACAUUAGUGAUUUUAAAAAUUUGAUUAAGUUAAGCCUGGAAACUGGAAAGAUUUCUACCCUUCUUGCUUCUCAUAAAAGUUGAAUCAAAAUUGUGAUUUAUGAUUUUUUUUUGCAAAAAUUUGGGAUUUCGUGAUUAUUAUGAGCUUUUUUUUUAACCUUUUCCUACUUCAUAGUGAUUAAUUUUUCGAAAAAAAGUAUAAGAUAAAAAUUUUGGGAGAAAAAUUAUCAUUUUUUUGCGUUGGAAUGUUUUGAUUUCCAAUGAGAAUGUUGCCGCAUAUUUUGACCUCAUUCGUGUGGUUUUUUUUUGAGACAUUUUUGGGUCCCAGUCAUACGUGGGAUAUUCUCGGUGGGACUGGAUAAAGGGGAUGGGGCUUGGAAAGAAAAAAAUGAGAAAGGGCGGGGGGGAAGGGGGUCGGCAAAAAACUGUAAAAAAAUUUUUCAGGGUGCUCGCUGGACGGCACUAGUCCGACCUUAGAAAAAAAAAAUCGAAAAUUCCUUUUGUAAAGUUCAAUUGACUGGCAGAAGCGAUUAUUUUCUUGGUUAAAAGUGAUCGGAGAAAAAUAACGCUUUUCAUUUUCGGAUUCAGCACCAUAGACUUAGUCUAGUUCGACCCUUCGAUGUCAGCUAAUGAGUGAACAGGCAAAAAUAAAAACGGAAACAAGAUACCAAAAUUAUUAACUGCUCAUUUUUCAAGGUUCACUCGAUUGGCCCAAGCGAUUUUUUUCUUAGUUAAAAGUGAUCGAAAAAAAAGAACUUUCACAUCCUCCGGUGCAGCCUGUAAAUCGAUCAAUUAACAACAAAAAAUCCUUUUUUCUUAGAGCAUGGAAGGGGGCUUGGCUUUAAGUGAAAGAGGGGAUGGGAGGGACUUGGCUGUCGCCAGCCAUGCUCAUUCCAUGUAUGGUUCCAGUUCUUUGAAGACAAAAAUACGGUAUAAAAAAAUCGAUUCUUUCUCAUUUUUUUGAGUAUUGUUUUGGAUAUAUUUUAAUUGUUUUCACCGUUUUCUCACAGUUCUACAUGCUAAAAAGUUUAUUUCAAGCCCGAAAAAAUUUUUGAUGACGAAAAAUAGUUUCUAGCUGACCCGAGAAGAGUUCGAGCAGCUGAACGACGACCUUUUGCGCGCCAUCGAGAAGCCGAUCGAAGCGGCGCUGGCCGACGCGAACCUCAAGCCGGAAGACGUCGAUGAGAUCGUUCUCGUUGGAGGAUCGACCCAGGUUCCUGCCGUUCGGAAAAUCGUCGGACGGUAUUUUAGGUGAAUUCAUUCGUUUUUUCCGACUUGGAAGAAAUAAUUUAGUUUUUCUGAAACUUUCUGAAGUUGUGUAAUACUCCGGUGAAAUUUCGAUUCGAAAAAAAAAAUAUAAUUUCAGAGAUUUUCAAAUAAUUUUAGCUUCAUACAAGAAAGUUUCGAGCAAAAUACUUGUUUUGUACAUUUCUGAUGGGACUAUAUCUUAAAAAAUAGGGUUUUUCUUGAUUUUAGGAGCUUAUUCGAGGUUUUUUAAGUUUCUAUAAGAAUCAAACGCAUUUUUGUGAUUUUCUUUGAUACCAAAUACUCGAAUUUUAAAACCUACGACCGAGUUAUGAUUUUUUGAUGCUAUCGAAUUGCCUUGGCCGUGGCGCAGAUCGAACUUGCGAUCCUUUGAACGGUAGACAGGCGCACAGCCUACUGCGCUACGUAAUACUUAUAGCUGAUUCACGGCCGGAUCCAUCCGAAAAAGGGUCCUGAUACGAUAAGAGAAGAGAUAGUGCCUAGUUGGUGGAGAGCGCAGACAGACCCCGCCUUUUAUGUCCCAAGCUAGCCGUGAAUCGAAUUUUUAAUAUGGCCUUCGAACGUGUUCAGAUCGUAAUCAAAUAAUCCACCGGAAUUUCCAGAAAGUCGCCCAACUUUGGCAUCGAUCCAGAACUGGCGGUCGUCACCGGGGCCUCGGUCCAGGCCGGAGUCAUCGGCGGCGGUUGGCCCCUUCAAGUCGCCGCGAUGGAACUUCCGACAAAGAAAAGGAAGAGACAUUUCUUCACCGAAGAACAGAAGAAAAACGAGCAGGACAAGGAAAUAUAG